GGCUGCGUCAUGACGUCAGAGCGCUGCGUCAGUGCCAGGUCUGCCAGCCGCACGCGAAGACCGGUGGCGACCAUACAGUCUAUGGUGACGACACUCGUCAGGUAAGAAAUAGAACAGCUGUGAGAUUCAUGAUGUGGAAGAAAGACGUCUAUGGCUUUGUACAAAACUCUCUGGACCCUACUGUAUGUGAUCUUAAAACUAUACACUAUGAUGAAGCAAACUAUUGCAUACUCAAAUAUCUUCUGUUCUUUUCUAUGUCAUUGACUGACACGGUAUUUCUAUUAUUUUGUCCACCCCAGUUAUACAGGCGCGUCUCAAGGGACUUCAGGGGCCCCAGGCAACAGAAACACGUGAUACCAAACCACAUCAUUCAAAUCUUGAAAUGAUUAUUUUCUUAUCAAAAAUGACAAACAAAGUGCAUACACAUUAAUGAAAGUAAAGUAGAGGAGUGUAAGUGCAGACCCCCACCACCAUCCGAGACACAUCCACAUAUAAAUUUAACGUUCUAUAGUCUUCAGCCAAACCUCUAAAAUUUUUACGAUUUUUUCAAAGGUGAGUGGCGUGGGGCCUCGUUGGGGGUCCUGUGCAUAGCCAAUCAUAGGAUUUGAGGGGGUUCUCACAAAAUUGUCAUAGCAGUGGACUAACCAAGUGGAAACUGACCAUGACGUCAUCCUUUGGUUUGUGAAUGGUAGCAUUUUGACCAUUGCCAUCUUGUUGUUUUUUUAAAAUCCAUUGGUGACAUCACCUCUAUAAAAAAAACUAUACUAUGUAUUCCAGUCUUAUUUCCUCGUGUCAUGGCAAGAUGCCCAAAGUUGAACUCGCUGUCCAACUCAGGCUCAUUACACAUAUAGAGUGACAUCUGAACUCUCUGUCUCUCUCUCGCUCUCCCUGCAGACAGACAGCUGGGCUCAACCAGUCUUCUACCAUGGGGCAUGGAAGGGGGUUGGUCCAUCAUGGGACAUGGUGUCAAGUUUUUUGGGGAAAGGACAAGCAUUCACCAUGCAGUCCUGUGCGAGGUGUGGGUUUGUGGUGUACCCAGCUGAGAAGAUCAACUGCAUCGACCAGAACUGGCACAAAGCAUGUUUUCACUGCGACGUCUGUAAGAUGGUUCUCACCGCCAAUAACUUUGUCAGCCACAAGAAGAGGCCAUACUGCUCUGUACACAAUCCAAGGAACAACACGUUCACAAGUGUGUACGAGACCCCCAUCAACAUCAACGCAAAGAAGCAGAGCAAGGCGAGCAGCGAGCUGAAGUAUCGCGAAGAUGGUGAGCGCUUUAUGUCCUCCUUCCACUAUGACAUGAGGUCCAUGGAGCUGGAGAAGGCUCUCCUAGCCAAUCAGAUGGCCAGCCAGGCCUUUAAGUCUCAGUCUGAGUUCUCCCAGCAGCAGACAUGGUUUUCAGGCUCGGUGAGCAGCCAGGAGGUUGUGACGAUGUCUCAGGGACAGCAGGCCAUCAGUGAUGUGAAGUACACAGAGGAGUAUGAGCAGUCAAAAGGAAAAGGCAGCUUCCCUGCCAUGAUCACACCAGGUUACCAGGCUGCUAAGAAGGCCAGCACCUUGGCCAGUAACCUGGAAUAUAAAAAAGGACACGAGGAGAGAGUUUCAAAGUACACAGCGUUUGUUGACCCUCCAGAGGUGCUCAUGGCCAAGAAACAGGGGCAAAUCAUUAGUGACUAUGCCUAUACAGAAGAGUAUGAGCAGCAAAGAGGUAAAGGCAGUUUCCCUGCGCAUCUUACGCCUGGAUACAAGAUGUCGAAAAAGGCCACUGAGCAGGCCAGUGACAUCAAGUAUCGUCAGAUGUAUGAACAGGAGAUGAAGGGUAAAGCCAGCACUGAGGCCGCAGUGGCUGAGGCGGUUCACGCCAGGGAAAAUGCAGAGAACUUCAGCCAGAUUGCAUACACUGAAGAGUAUGAGCAGCAGCGAGGCAAAGGAAGCUUCCCCGCGAUGAUCACCCCUGGUUAUUAUCUGGCAAAGAAGGCACAGGAAAAUGCAAGUAAUCUAAAAUACAGAAAGGACUUACACAAGAUGAAGGGAACCUCGCACUUCCACAGCCUGACGUCCGAGGACAAUCUGGCUCUGAAGAAUGCCCGGAAGAUCAACAAGAUGGUCAGCGAGGUGGAGUAUAAGAAGGACUUGGAGAACACCAAAGGUCACAGCAUCAAUUUCUGCGAGACGCCACAGUUUCAUAAUGCUGCUAAAGUUGCAAAGUUCACCAGCGAUAACAAGUACAAAGAGAAAUACGUCAGCGACAUGAGCCAUUACGAAGAUUCGGGAAUUGAUAAGAAGACCAUGCAUGCUAUGAAAGCCAGGAAGCUGGCGAGUGAUAUUUCUUACAAACAAGGCUGUGAACAGGAGCAGUGUGAAUACAACUACCCAGCCACCCUCACACCAGGUUACCAAAGCCAAAGGAAGCUCGACCCACUGAAAGAUAAGAACUACAGGCAACAUAUUGACCAGGUCAAGUACAGAUCAGUGACCGACACGCCCGAGAUUGUUCUCGCAAGGAAAAAUGCUCAGCUCGUCAGCAAUCUGAAUUACAAAGCAGGCUAUGAAAAGACAAAGCACCAGUACACACUGUCCGAGGAUCUGCCCCAAAUCAAAAAGGCCAAAGCCAACGCCGCUCUGUGCAGUGAUAUUAAAUAUAAAGAGGAGUGGGAAAAGACCAAGUCCAAGGCCUGUGACAUCGGCAUUGACGACCUGAGUGUUAGAGCAGCCAAAGCUUCCAGAGACCUCGCCAGUGAUAUUAAAUACAAAGAGACCUACAAGAAGAACAAGGAAACGGCAGUGGGGGUCAACAUGAGUGACUCCAGGACUCUGCACUCUCUUCAAGUGGCCAAGAUGAACAACGAUAUCGAGUACAGGAAGGGCUCCAAGGAGGGCCAGGCCAAUUACACGCUUCCUAUGGACAUGAUCAACCUGAGCCACGCCAAGAAGGCCCAGGCCCUUGCCAGCGACCUGGAGUAUCGCACAAAGCUUCACGACUACACCGUAAUGCCGGAUGACAUCAAGGUCCUGCAGGCCAAAAAGGCUUAUUCCCAACAGAGCGAGAACCAGUAUCGUUCAGACCUGAACUGGAUGAAAGGAGUAGGCUGGGAGACUGAAGGAUGCAUGAACAUAGCCCAGGCUAAGAAAGCUGGAGACAUGCUUAGCGAUACCAAAUAUCGUCAGAAAGCGGACAGCAUCAGGUUCACCCACGUGGCGGACGAUCUCUCCGUCAAACAUGCCAAGAAGAGCCAGGAGCUGCAGAGCAACCUGGUGUACAAAGCAAACACAGAGCAGAUGAUGCAUCAGUACACCAUGUCAAAGGACGAGCCGCUUUUCAGACAAGCGAAGGCGAAUGCUGAUCUUCUCAGCGGGAAAGUGUACAAGAGCAACUGGGAGAAGCAGAGAGAAAAAGGCUUUGAGCUGCGUUUGGACUCUCUCUCCAUUCUCACCGCCAGAGCAAAGAGGGACCUGGCCAGUGAUGUCAAAUACAAGGAGAAAUAUGAGAAAAACAAAGGCAAGGUCAUUGGUAUUAAGUCGUCGAGCGACGACUCUCAGAUGGCCCACUCGGCCAUGGCCACCAAACUACAGAGUGACCGCCACUACAAGAAGAACUACGAGGACUCAAAGACCAAGUACAGAGUUUCUCUGGACAUGCUGAACAUCAGCCACGCCAAGAAGGCUCAAGACCUGGCAACCGAGACCAACUACAGGACUUUCCUCCACGAGUACACCACGCUGCCCACUGACAUGAAUGUUGCCUGGGCUAAGAAGGCCUAUGGACUACAGAGCGACAAACAGUACAGGUCUGAUCUGAACUGGAUGAAGGGCGUCGGCUGGGAGGCCUCGCAGUCUCUGGACGUCCAGCAGGCGAAGAAAGCCGGAGAUCUCGUCAGCGAGAAAAAGUACCGUCAGGGUGUGAGUGCUCUGAAGUUCACCAGUGUUGAAAACACUCCGGAGAUGGUCCAAGCCAAACUCAGCAACAAACUAGCCGUUGACCGGUUGUACAGGGAGAAGGGUGAAAACCUGAAGCACAACUACACACUCAGUGGAGAGCUGCCCGAGCAUGUGCAGGCCAAGCUCAAUGCCUUGAAUAUCAGUGAGAGCCGUUACAAAGAGUCGUGGACUAAGAUUCGUGAUGGUGGUUACAAGCUGCGCCUGGACGCCAUUCCUUUCCAGUCUGCCAAAGCAUCUGCCGAGAUCCUCAGCGAUCAAAAGUACAAAGAGGAGUUUGAGAAGACUAAAGGGAAGAUGAUUGGGCUGAAGGGGCUGCAGGAUGAUUUGAACAUUUCUCACUCGGUCCACGCCAGCAAGCUGCACAGCGACAUCACGUACAAGCAGGAUUCGGCGAAGGCGCUCUCAAAGUUUCACCUGCCCUUGGACAUGAUGGAGGUCGCCCAUGCCAAGAAGGCCCAGUCGCUGGUCAGUGAUCAGGACUACAGACUCACGCUGCAUCAGUACACGUCACUGCCUGAUGACAUGAAGGUGCAGGCGGCCAAGAGGGCGUAUGCUCUGCAGAGCGAGAAAGUGUAUCGCUCCGACCUGAACUACCUACGCGGUGCGGCCUGGAUCGCCACAGGGGCUCUGCAGAUCGAAGGCUCCAAGAAGGCCACAGACCUCAUCAGUGAUACAAAGUAUCGCCAGCAACCGUAUAGCUUCAAGCACACCUCCAUCGCCGACUCUCCAGAUAUGGUCCACGCCAAACUCAGCGGACGGAUCACCAAUGAACGUUUGUACAAGGAGAAAGGGGUGAAUGACCAACACAACUACACAAUGACAUCUGAGAGACCAGAGAUCACACAAGCGAAGAUCAAUGCAGCCAAUUUCAGUGAGAUCAAGUACAGAGAGUCCUGGCACACCCUGAGGGCACAGGGCUACAAACUCACCAUGCAGGACAUCCCCUUCCAGGCUGCCAAGAGCUCCACAGGCAUUGCCAGUGAUUACAUGUACAAACACAACCACGUGAUGGACAAAGGAAAACACAUUGGCAUCCAAAGCGCCUUGGAUGACCCACUGCUCCUGCACUGCCGGCAGGCGGGCCGGCUGGCCAGUGACCAGGAGUACCGCAGGGACGCACUGACCACCAGCGGUCGGUACCACCUCAGCCCGGACAUGAUUCAUCUAGUUACGGCCAAGAAUGCCCAGGCCCUGGCCAGCGACCAGGACUACAGGACCCGGCUGCACGAGUACACUGUGCUUCCCGAUGACAUGAAGGUCAAAUGGGCCAAAAAGGCUUACGACCUGCAGAGCGAGAAACUCUACAAGUCAGACCUCAAUUUCAUGAAAGGAGUGGCCUGGGACGGAGUGGGUGCACCUCAGCUGGAGUCGGCCAAGAAGGCUGGAGAUCUCAUAAGUGAUAAGAAGUAUCGUCAGCUGCCUGACAGUCUGAAGUUCACCUCAGUGACCGACUCUCCGGAUAUCCUCCAUGCCAAGACGAGCUAUCAACAGUGCAGUGAGAGGCUGUACAAGUCUGGAAAGGAUGAUGACAUGCAUAAGUACACCUUACACUCAGACAAUCCAGACUUUGUGAGAGCCAAGAUCAAUGCCCAGCAGAUUAGUGAUAAAGUUUACAAGGCGUCUGGGGAGCAGGUGAAGACAUCAGGUCACGACCUGAGGCUGGACGCUAUUCCCUUCCAAACUGCCAAGGCCUCCAGAGAAAUCGCCAGUGACUUCCGUUACAAAGAGUCCCAUCUGAGAGAGAAGGGCCAGCAGGUGGGGCUGCGCUGUGUGGAGGACGACCCCAAGAUGGUGCACUCUCUGGCAGCCAGCAAGCUCCAGAGCAACCUGGAGUACAAGCGUCAGUCCAAGGAGGACCGUGGCCACUACAAGAUGCAUGCCAACCAGCCCGAGUUUCUGCAGGCCAAGAAGAGUCAGGCCCAGGCCAGUGACCUGACCUACCGCAGCAAGCUCCACGACUACACCUGUGACUCCCAACAGCUCAACGUCAAGCACGCCAAGCAGGCCUACAAGUUGCAGAGUGAUGUGAACUACAAAUCAGACCUGAACUGGAUCAGAGGAGCGGGCUGGACCCCUCCCGGCUCCCAUAAGGCCGAGCUUGCCCGCCGAGCCGCAGAGCUCGGACUGGCCGAGGGGGUUAGCGCUGACGAGGCUAUCGCAAAGUACCAGCACAUGAUGAUGCUUCAUCACCAGCAGCAGAUGGAGGCAGAGCAGCUGCAGCAGCAGACGUCAGAGCAGGUGGAGACGAGUGAGGAGAGUCAUCAAGGUGUCAACAUGGACGCCAUGGAGGUCCUUAACGUCAAGAGGAAGAAGACCAUCCAGACGGUCCAGAAAAAGUCCACCACCACCACCACCACAGCCUCAUUCAAAUCCAUGGAGAAGAAGUCCAGCACCACCUCGUCUUCCUCAUCUGCCGCCCUCCAGGGCGCGGUCAGGACGUCAUUGUCAAGCAAAGCGGCCGCGUUGGAAGACGCAUAGAUCAGGGAGUUUGUUUAGAGAUUGUUAAGAGAUGGCAAACUUUUACUGAGUGGUUUACUUUCCAAGUGGUGUUUUUGGCAUCUGUUUUGGUGAAAUGACUAGUUGUAGUCUAGUUACAUGAGAUGCCACACCGAUGUCAAACAGAGUUACUGUGUAGGUGAACAAUUAUCUGUAUAAUAUAGUUGAAAUGAUUAAGAGGGGGAUUAAGCAUGUUGAAUGGAGACAGGACAUGUCAUGUUGUUUAAAGGAUGGACAAAGUGUGCUGUGGAGAAAAAGGGAAUUCAGGAAAAAAAAUAUCUUUAUUUUCAUAAAGGAUGGGUUAUGAGACCCACGUGAAGAGAAGCUUCCAGAGAACAAUUUUCAGUUCAAGAAAGUACAAAAAAAACUGAAUUCUGACAAAAAGUGACACUGUAUGAAAUGUUGGAUGGAAAGUUUGCAGAUGCUUUUGUACAUUGGGUGAGUUCAGAAGAUAAGAGAGCUGGACCAGAGUUUGCUAAAUUCCCAAAGUUUCAGAAGAUUUUUUUUCAUCAUUUGCUUUUUUUUUUUAAUCUUUAGAGGAGAACGACAAGGCAAGGCACCGACACAACCUUGCUGCAGCCAUGCGAGACACGCAGUUUUCUCACAAGGUCUGAUAAUCUAGUGUACGAUGAGCUAGGCUCAGUGAGAAGGAGACUGAAAUGAUGAUGAUCUCCAUUUUGUCUGGCAGGUUCAGCUUUGUGAGUUUUGUCACAGCGCCUCUUUUAACUCAAAGCUGGACUCGGAGUAAAUUGCUUGGUUUUAUCGCCGAUACAAUAAACUUUUCUCUUUUUUCAAGGCAAAA